AUGAACCCUAAAAUCAAUUUGAAGAACAUAAUCAACAACAGACUCCCAAACAAUAGAGAUCCGACGGAACAAUCCUGAAAAAUGUGCAUUAAAGACUCACUCACCAUUACACUUACAGAAUAGAUACAUUUUGGAUCAUUGCCUUUUAAACCCCCUGAAACUACUUUGUUGUACCGUCAUUAAACCCAACAGACUCACACUCUUGCCUCAACCAGACUCCGCCACCGGUGCGCGACCCACCUAGCCGCACCUUCUUCUCUUCUCUCUCGCGCGUCGCAUUUCUCUCCGUCUCCCUCGCGCGCAGAUUGGUUCUUCUCCUUUCACCAACCUUAUACACUCUCCAUCAACAUUCAACACUAUCCAGGGCUAGGCUUAGACUUCAAGCAAGUGUCUAGUCUCAUGCCGCAUUACUUGGCGGCUCAAACACGAUAGGGUUUUAAGAAAUUGUUUGGCAAACAAACUUUCCGAAGAUGGAGGAAGGCAUGGAAUUGCAACUUUCCCUUGACAAGCUCCCAAUCAAGCGCUUGGAUUCCAUUGAAGAAAAUGGAAUUGAACGAUUCCCUUUAGAUGUGGAUUACGAUGAAAAGCGGACCUCUCUAAUCAGGCGAAUUGACUUUGCUUGGGCCAUUGAGAAGGAUGAGGAGAAAAAGAAGCAGAAGAAGAGCUCAAAGGAGGCCUCAACACCAUGGCAAUGGCAAGGCAUGGUGGAGAAUUUGCAGUUCGCUCAUCAGGAGCUCUCUGUCAUCAUAGAUAUCAUCAACACUGUGGAAGCAAAUGAUGCAGUAGCUGUGGCUAGCAUGAACAGGCCAAAAUCAUUACCAAAUGAAACUUUGUCAGACCUUGCUGUAUCUGCAGCCACGAAGCUUCAAUGCUACCGUCAAGUUGGGAAAUAUUUCAAGCAAUCUGCCAAAGCUUUUGAACAGCAGGUUGCUCGGGAAGCUAGAUUUUAUGGUGCCCUUAUCAGGUUGCAGCAAAACUGGAAAGUAAAACGGCAACGACAGACAUCUUUAGUUCCAGGGAAUGAAGGCUUCACUUUUGACCUCUUUGAUAACUCGUAUGAUCAAGGAGCCAUUUUUCGGUCACCUCAUAUGUCCACUGUUCGUGUCAAUCAUGAUGCAGCUGGGAUGCUGGCAAUAAAUGUGUCUCCCGAAUUAUGUCAUUCUCUUCAAUUUGGUUUUGUUGGUGCACAGCCAGAUGACAUACAGAAGAAAUCCAAUGAAGACAAAUCCCACUUACCUGGUGAGGAUUGCUUGGAAGAAUCUGGAAUAGAAUCUUCAAAUGAUGAGAAGUGUGUGAAGAAAACACAUUUUCUCCUUCGUGAUGUACAUAAAGCAAUUUUCAACGAGCAGGUAUUUGAUCUAGUGAAUCGCGAAGCAUUUAGCACUUCUACCGGUUACACUCUGACUGGAAUACGGGAAAAUUAUUUACAAUUAAGUUUAGGUCAAGGAACCUCAGUGUACUUAUCACUGGUGUCCUCUGGUCAAGAUCGUCAUACAGUCGAAGGUGAACUUACCAAUAAUGCAGAUGAUGCAUUUUCAACUUUGGGAUCGUCUGACAUAUUAAUGCAUGAUGCCCAAAAAAACACUCUUAGGAAGACUGGGCAGCUUUCUAAUUCUACAUGCUAUGAGAUUUACCUUCAACAGAUUUAUCACGAGCAUAUAUUUGGAAAAGGCAGCGAAAAGCAAAUUACCUCUGGUAAUCGUUUAUCUGGUGCACAGGCAAAAGAUGGAUCAACUCUUCUUGGUCACUUUUUCAUGUCUUUGUCUCAUAGGAUAUUUUCAAGUAAAAUUCUUGCAGAGCUGGAAAAUGUGGUCUUCAAGGUCCCUUAUCUCCAACUAAUUUCCAAUCCCACGUGGCAUUCUCGGGAGUCAUCAUGGACCUUAUUCAUGGAGGUUCCUUCAUCUAUUCUUCGUGGUUGCCAAAUCAAAACUUCCGAUCAUUUUGAUAAAAAUGCUGUCAAGCGUCAGUUUUGGACUAAGGUCGUGGUAAUUGAUGAUUGCAUCAAUGUUAAAGCAGAAGGUUCUCCUAAUGUGGCAGGUCUGUUCAAGGGAAAAUCUGAGGAUACCCACUCAAUAAACCAAUAUAAUUGCAACUUAGUUGAUCUUCCUGUGAUUAUUUUGCAGCAGGUGGCUAGCCAGAUUGUUAAUUGGCUAUAUCAUGAAGCUCUGAUGGUUGGGAUAAAGGCAAAUCGGGACUUCUUAUGCUUAUCGUUUGAACUGGAGCAGGGCGAAACACUUGGCCUUGUUGCAAACGUGGAUCCAGAAGAUAAUGACGCCUGUAUAUCUUGGUGGUUAGUCAUGGAUGAUAGUUUUGCAGAGGUGCAAAAGCUUAAUACCAACCUCACUGAUGGUGCAUCUGAAUAUAGGAAAUUCUUAGGUCCCUUGUCUCUUGAUUUGUUAUAUGCUACCCUGAUAGAUGUAAUUGCCCUUGUUAGUGGUGGUGGCCAAUGAAGUUGUAUUUACUCUCUUUGGUCUCAAACAUAGACAUUUUUUGUUUUGUUUAUAUAUUGGAGGCUGAAGAGAGUACUUAUGCUUGUUUUUUCUUGCAUUGUCAAGUGGAAGAAGAUUUUCGCGUCUCGGGCAACUAUUAUUGGACAUCAAUAUAUUAUUUAUCAUGACAUAUUAAUCAGAUAUUAGCUCUGGGAAAUUUUAUAA